AUGUCCACGACGUCGGAAGCAAAUAAGACCUCUGGAAAGGUAACACCGAUAACAUCGCAAACUGAAUCAAGAACGCCACCUCGAAAAGAGCAACAAAACACAACAAAAGAUACGGUAAAUUUCACACCAGAUGAGAAAGACACCUCUACGUUCAAAUACUAUCCAGACGACCCUGAAGAAGGAAUGAAUAAAUAUAAGUUUAUGAUGAAGGACACGAGCGAGUACUAUGAUCCAUGUCAAGAAUCAUCACAAAUGAGUUUCAAAUGUUUGGACCGAAAUAAUUUCGAUAGGGAUAAAUGCCAUGAAUAUUUUGAUGCAUAUAGAGAAUGUAAGAAACAAUGGCUUAUGGCAAGAAGGAAUAACAGAUCUCAAUGGCAGAAAUAA